GUCACGAAGGAAUUUAAUGAGUUUCUCAGGGGUGCGCGUGGCUGGCUGAAUAAGCCACAACUUUCCAGGCAUCUGUGAGUACCUCAUGCAGAAGAGCAAGAAAGAUCUGGAGGACUGAAGAGGCAUCUGGAGUGGGAAAGAAAGAAGAGCAACUCUCAACCAAGGACGGCGUCACCAAAAAAGGCAAGGAAAUUAAAGCCUGUCCCUCUCCCAACUCUUCACAUCGCUCAAAAAUUUAAGGAACUAAAAUCCAAACCGAAACUCACGGGAAAACCCAGGUAAAGUGGAGUAGAACAGACAGAAACGGGGGCACUCAGAGGUAAACUCAGGCACAUUCCUCCUUGAGAGAGAAGUGGGGAAGGCAGACAGAACCCACAGCAUCCUGAUGGGAGUUGGGGCGCUUUUGCUUGUGUCUUUUUUAACGCGGGUGUGGAAGGCGUUGCAUUUUCAACACAGCCACAUGGUUCUCGCCUUAAAUGAUAACAAUUACCCAAAAUAGCAUACGUGUUACUCCAGAGCCCGAGGAAUGGCCACGGGAGGAGAGGGCGUGGGACAUUGUACUGGGUUUGGCGACCGGGAUUGGGGAGAGGUGAGGGGUGGAGAUCAGGGAGUUGGCUGGAGCCCGAGGAUCCGCGAAGGGCCAGGAUGGAGGGGGCGGACUAGGGUGGGGGACACACAAGGAGAGGCGGGUAGAGGCGGUAGCUGUCCAGGCAGCGGGGCGCGGGGAGGUCCGGGGCGGGAGGCAGGGGUCGCGGCGCGCCGGGCCCUCACCGCUGCUGAGUGUGGACUCGCAGUGCCAGAUGUCCAAACUGGCGGGUUUCCGGCAGGACUCCCACAGGGACAGGUAGUACUGGUGGUCGGCCGUGACCCAGGCCGGGCUCAGCACGGCCCCCAGGUCCAGACACAGUGCCAGGAAGAUGCACACCAGCCCGACCAGCUUCAGCGGGGUCAGCACCGACACGCGCACCUCCUCCAUGCCGCUGCCCGCCGAAGCCAUGUCCCGGGCGCCGCAGCCGGCCCGCCCCGCCGGAGACUAGGAUGCCAGGCGGGUCCGGAGAGCCGGGAGCCCGACCUCCCACGGAGGGAAGCAGCCGAGCCGCCGCGCGCGUGGACUCGCUCCCUCGGGGAUCCGCGCGCUUUCCGCCGCGCCACGAAGGUGGAUCUGAGGGGCGGCCGGCCGGGGACCGGGUCGUAGGUAGCCGCAGCGACGCCGUUCCCGCCGUGGACCUUCGCCGCCGGCCCCGCGCAGCGCUCUGCCUGCGCCCGCUCCGCCCCGGCGCUGCCCCGCUCGCUCGCUCCGCCCCGGCCCCUCCCCGGCUGCGGGAGGCGGUGCCGAGCGGGGAGGGGCAGCGGUCAGCACCCGGGCCGACGUCAGGCUCCGGCUCCUGGCUCCAGGCUCCCGGCGCGAGAGGCUUGCGGCCGCCCCACCCCUGCCCGGUGCGCGCGGAAUGGGUCCGCUCUCUCUCUGCCCACCGUGCGCUGUGCGCGCGCAUUGAGUCCUCUACCCUAGUGUGCUGUGUCCACAUAGCCCCAUGCGAGCCCUCCGCCCCAGAACCGCUGCGCGGGGCAAUUCCUCGAAGCUGCCCGGCCCCCGGCCCCGCCCCUGGCCGCGCUCGCUCCGGGGUCGCCUGGCUUCCCGCCCCCACCCCCUCCCGUCACGUGGAUUUCCUUUUCUUAGCGAGCUGGGGUGGGUCCUUUUCUAGAAGGCGUCAGCUGUAGAUUCCUAGGUUUCUUGGGCUGUGGCCAUUGGAGCAAAGAGAGGUUCUCUCUCAGCGAUGUAACACACCCCCUCCCGCCCCGCCAAUUUCUCAUCCCGGGGGGAUUUGGAAGAAGGUGGAGAAAAGUGACAAAAGGCAUUUUGUUCUCUUUUCAAACUCAGGAUGGACGCAGUCUUGGACGCGAUCUCUUCCCCCCCCCCCGCCCCCUCCCGCCAGUUUUCCCUAUUUCCUAACUUUCCCCGCCGGCCUACUGCGGCUUCUAUUCUCUGGGCUCGCCUCCUUUCGCGCCCCCUAGGAAGGGCGGCGUGAAACGAAAGAACGCAGGAGCUAAAAUGGGAAUGAGAGCUCCCACCAAAUGUGAUGUAAACCGUACUUGCUUCCCCGCUGCUGUGUUCUUUGUACGUUAUUUAAAACCUUUAUUCAUUCGGCUUUACAUUAUGCCAAGUGGGAUCUGAAUCCCUCCAUUGCAUUAACCUUUUCCUGUGCCCCGAAGACCUAGCCCAGGGCCUGGCAUAGGAAAAGUGGCAUAUCUUUAAGUAAUGAAUCUACGCAUAUUUACUGUGUGCUUGGGGCUAAGGAUUCAGCCCAGUUCGACCUUGUCUCUGUUUUUAAGGAGACGCUCUAUUUUUUUCCCCCUGUACAUGAGGAAUAAACUCCCAUUGAAACUGAAUUUGCAAUUUGUAACUGACUAUAGUUCAGCUUGUGAUUGGUAGGUUAUCUGUCUCCUGUAUCUCUGACUACUUGCCCUUUUUCCUAUAAAAGAAACAACUUAUUGAUAGUUCAUUGGGGGUAGGGGUGUUCCCAGAUCUUUCACUGUCUGAAAAAGUUGGGAAGAAACCCAAAAAUAGUGGUUAAGAUCUGAAGAAUGGAAGAAAUGCCUUCUCUCUUUUAAUGAAACACCAUCCUCAACGCUGCGGGAGUUCAUACUUUUUGCGGAUAACAGUUUCUUUUCUUCUAAUCACCUUUCCAUAGGGCUGACUACAUUUUGACCGAAGCAACAUUUUGAAUGCAAGAAACAGUUGAGUUAGUGUCAAAUGACGAGAGUAAGAACCAACUCAAUGUGAAAUAAAAACCCAUUGUCUUCUUACAUUUGUUCCCCUACCUCUCCAUCGUGAUAUUUACCGCACUUAACAAAGAAUGCUAGAGCACUCUGAGCUCCGGAACCUCUAACUUCCAACAGGAUUCUUGGCCUCCCAACCUUCCAAGGAGAAAGAAGCUUACAUGCUUAUCCUUGAAAACAGUUCCUAAUGGAACACUGCAAAGUUAUAAACCAGGACGAUUAAUAGGGACGACCAGGCUUGGAAUAUCUUUCUUUUACCUGGAUAUAUGUUCGUGGAUUUAUAAGGUACAUUUGAAAAUAAUUUUUAAGAAUAUUUCUUGACUAUGCCCUCAAAGUUAUCUUUUUGUUCUCCAAGUUCUAUCACUUGCCCUUUAAUAAGUUCCAGUCCCAGUCUGCCAGUAUUUUCUUUAUCUUCGUUCCAUCUAGUUUGGGCUUCCUUCCUCCUCCGGCCCCACCCUCCCCUUGCUUCGUUUUUCCGGCUUGUACUAAACUGCUUACUUGAACAACUCCAUCCUUCAUUGUACCACCUAUAAAAUUGUCUCUGUACUGUCUCAAAAAUUAGAAAAAUAAGGCAUUUUUAACAACAAAAAAGCCAAAUUCUCCUAAAAUACUCCAUUCCUCUUUUAAUAUGUCUAGAAUUUGCACAGCAUAAUACAGAUCACCAAUCCUUAAUCCUCAUUUUAAAAAUACAAAAAGCUCUCAAGACAGAAGGGUUUUUUUUUUU